AUGGGAUUCACAAUGCACUGUCUACUUUGUGGUAGGCGCUCCUCGUCGAGUGGGAAAUACUUCUUGAACUUAUUUCGCAAAAUCGCACCGUCAGUUGUAAACGUUUGCGUUCGCGGCGUUGUGUUGUUCAUCCUCGGAACUUUCUUUGCAAUGGUUCUUUUCACGUUUUCUGUUUUACCAGAAGUACGUAGAAAGAGAAUCCAAGAUAUAGGUAUAAUUGCAAAGCUCUUCAGUGCUGUGUGGUGGAUCGCUCCGUCCUCUGGCACUGCUGCUGCAGUUGUGGGUUUGAUUUAUCCUUGUUCUGACAUUCGCCUUGGAAAACCGCACAAACUAGAAAGAGAAUGGUCUAGCGUUUUUAAAUGCGUGGUGUUAUUCCUUGGAAUAAGUCAUGCAUGUGCCGUAUCCUUUCCACUGUUGUGUCCUUUGGGUUUUAAAGUAAUUUAAUGUGAGUAGCUACGAGUGUUUGCGGAAACUUAGAAGCUAAUUUCUAGCGUGAUAGUGCAGUCAACGAAAUUGACAUAGGCGACUAGUUUAUUUCCGGUCUGUGUAAAACAGUCGUCCGAAAACGAAAAAAAACGCGAUAAAAGCAGAAAUACAACGUAUAUUUGUGAAAAAAUCGCAGUUCAUAACAAGAAUAGCAAACUCUGUUUUGAAACAAGCCUCAUUCAGUUACAAAACUUUAAAAUCAGGGCAACGAAACCCGAAGAUUGUUAAAACGUGUUUUUAAUUGUUAUGUAUCGCGUUUUGAAUCGAAAUACGUAAUUUAGUAUCUUUCUUAAGAAAUGUGAGCUAUGCAGGACUAUUCAUCAUUUGCUGAUACAUAGGAAAUUUCCAUCAACAAAUUUAUGAAACGCCGGUUGUUUUUCAAGGUAUCAAGUUACGCCUAAAAUUUCCGGGACUGGCGUUGAUUUGAUGAUCAAGUCGUUUAAUGUGUUUAUGUGACGGCAGUUUUUUGUGUAUGUAUUGUGUGCAAAGAAAUUAAACUGGUAAAAUAUUUUUGAUUGAAUAUUAAAAAAAAAUGUUAAUCAAUCUUUGUUGUUCAGCCUGAAAUAUAAUUCUAGGAAUUUUUGUUUGAUACCCUUGUCAUGAUUUGUAUUGUUGUAGUUAUGGUUUAUAUUUUUGUUCUCUUUCAUGUAUCGGUUAUUUUUGUUAUGGCUUUUUUUUCGUCUUCAACAGAAUUAAUUUAAUUAUACAAGGCAUCAUGUCUUACACACAUCAUUGACCUGUUACAUUCAGAAAGCAAAUAGGGUGACAAGCUCAGUAAGCAAUUUAAUUCAGUGGGAUUCAUUGCUAUGGAUAAUUCUUGAGAUUAACAUUUUCCAGUCGUUUUUCAAAGUCAACAUUUUUAUUUAUAAAAAAUAUGAUGAUCCUACCAAAAACUACAAAAACAAGUAAAGAAAUCCCAUUAUAGACCAUUGGUCCAGCUGAACAAACUUGCCUUAAGUUCAAACUUUUUCCUUGCUAAUGUGAAUAUGCUUAUCAUUCUUAUCCAAACUAUGUUUUUUUUAGUUAGCCACUCUUUUUUACUUCAUGAUUAUCUGUGGACAGUAAAUAGUUUUUAGGAGUUUCGUGUUGUUUAUAACUUCUUAAGUAGAAAAAGUAAUGUUUGUCACCUUAACAUUUUUGUAGAAAAUCACUUUUAACAGUCCAAUGCACAUCUUCCUCUUUAUGGCUAUUAGCUCACUGACCUUGUGGUGGUUAUUUGACCGAUCAAAAAAUGGUCUUGGACUGGCUGUGCUGGUAACAAUGUGUGCCUGUAUUCUUCUACAAUGUUUGAUAUACUUGGGGGUUUACAGGUAAAAAAAAUAUAAAUAAUUUUUAGACAUCAGUCAAAUACUAGGAUGGACUCCACUUCCUAGAUAGGAUAUAUUCUCCUUAUGCUUUGAAAAUAAUGGCUUGUGUCUUUCAAGUGGGAAUAUACUGAUGUUGUCAGAAUUGCCAGGUCAAAUUGAAGAGAAAUACAAUAAUUGUUUGCUUAAUCUUUAAUUGUUUGACCAGACCCACCUAAUGCAUGAGUGAUCCUGCAGUUUUAUUUCAAAAAAUCAUGUUUGAUUUUUACACCUCAAUACUUGAACAUCUGGACUAGGUUGUUCAAAGCUAGGUUAAGAUAACACAGGGUUAAUGUGAAAUCUGAUUUCAGAUCUGAUAGCUUUAAAAGACAAUUUAGUCAAGUUCUUUUUGUCUAGAAUAUGACUAUGUAAUUCUCUAAAAAAGAACUUGGGAAAUUAUCCCAAAAAGGCUUUUGAAUAAAGGAAUAAAGAAACCUAGAUUAAAAUUUAACCUUGGGUUAGUGCUUAUUGGCCUUGGAACAAGUGGGCCCUGGUCUUGUAUACUUGUAUACUGUACAGGUUUUACCUUCUAAAGCUGAGAUAGAAACUGAAAGAUAAAAAUUGGUAUGCAGUUCUGUAAUCACUUCUAUUCACAUCUCAUUAUUAAUGUGCUAUCAAGUUGGUGGCCUCUCCACCAUAGCUCCUGAAGGAUAGAAACCAACCAGUCAAUGACAAAACAAAUUGAUUUUUUUUUUGCAAAUCAUUUAUCUCUGUCCUUUAGAAAUGGUGAACCAGAUUUCCUCUAUGCAAGAUCUUGGCUACCAUGGUUCUUUUUUUCUGGUGUUGUAACAUUUGGAUCCAUUGGAAGACAGCUUGCUAUGGUAUGUUUCUGCUCAUGAAGUGAACCUCAAUUUUUCAUCAAAAAUACUAUUUACACUUGAAAGGAAUGGUGCCAAUACAGUGCCUAUAAGAUCUGACGACACUAAUGUUCCAUAUAGGCUUUGUAAUUUUAAGGCACUUGAACAAGCAUAAGCUAGCUUCAUAAUUUUUUUUUUCAAAUAAGUUCCAUAGAAUGACUUUUUCCACAAAUUUUUGUGCUUACAUCAUGAGACUGGGAAAAGGUUUGCCUGCAACAGGUUUUUACUGAGAUCUGUGAUGCCUCCUCACAAAUUGAUACUUGCUUGUCUCAGCACAGCUUUCCUUUCCAGCCACUAGCCCAAACAUGUUUUACCAAAAAUUCUGGGAGGUUAUUUUGGUGUAUGAAACAUUUAUCCCUUUACACCCUAACAUCAGUAUGCAUUUUCUCCUCACUGUUCUUUAUACAUUUCCAAAGGUGCUGACAAGGAAAAUUUGUUUGCCAAUUAAAAGGUUCCUUCUCUAGAGACCUUUUUUUUUUAUUCUCAUGACCUUAAUGUAUGAUUGAAGAGUGAUAUUGUAAGGAGAAAGUAGAUGCCAAUCAAUCUUAGGGUUUAACCCUUUCACUCCCAUAAGUGACCAAGACAGAAUUUCUCCUUACAAUAUCAAUACAAUAUCAAGCAGGCAGGUGAUGAGAAUAGAGAAGAAUAUCAAUCAUGGGAUUAUUAGUUGAUCCAAUACCAAAUUCUCUGAACUAACAUCAUAAGAAUUGUAUGGCAGAUAGUAAGGAGAAUUACUAAUUAGAUCUUGGGAGUGAAAGGGUUAAAGGGUUGGGCAACUACUCUGAAAUGCUUUAAGAAAUGUUAAGAUUCCAUUUUGGUUCACUGAUAUCUGAUCUAUUUUUUCUUUUUGGUUUUUUCAGACUGAAUACAACUUUGGGAGAGGAAAAGAACAUGUAGAUUAAAUGUUGCACCAAUUUAAAUGCUUUUAACAUGCCAUAAGAGCUUAACACUACCUGUGAAUAGCCUGAUUGAACAAUGGAAAGUAUCCAAAGUUUAGAACAGUUGUAAAAUUUUUUAUUGAAACUUGGUUUUGGCCAUGUCAUGACAAUAGUUGUUAAAUAUUGUGGAUUAUUGUUGAUAGAUGUGGGAAAAUUUAAGAAAAUUUAAUAAGAGAGGGGGAAAAAAUUUGGCAGUUUCAGUGACAUAAGAACAGAAGGAGGCAUUAUUUAUUUUGCCUCUUGGCUAAUCAUUAAUAAGUACAACAAAAUAUUUCUUAAACGUUUUGUACAUAUUGGCUAAAAAUGGAGCACAAUCCUGAGUUAUGACCAAAAUUACAGCAUGGUUCCUAAAGAACUUGAUUGCUAUGUUAAAGUUAUUGGUAGAUAGAUAAACAAUAGCAUCCAUUUGGCUCCAAAAUAUAUGCACAUAUUUGUCUGCAUACUCAAUCUUUUUAGACAUAAGAGCAGUUUUCUGAUUGCAAAGCUUGAUGAAAACCGAGUUAUAAAGAAUAGAUCACAUUCAAGGAAAAUAUCCCUGCAUCUUUUUGCGCAAUAUGGAGGCUAUUGUGUUUAGUAUCCUAAUUUAAAUAUUUUUGCAAUGUGCAGGAAAGAUGUUAACAAACGACUUGCUGUUAGAUUUGUGGGAUGAUUACUUUUCAGAGUUCUCUGGUACAACUUUACACACAAGAAACAUGUCCUUUCUUUUUCACCACUUCACUGUGUUCUCUUGUCUUGAAUAUAAUUUUAAACAAAGGGUUUUCUGUAUUGGACAAAAGUUUUGAAAAUUGGGGAAGAUGAGGGGGUAUAUCCUUGAAUAUCCUCCAAUCUCUACUGGGGCAUAUUCAGUCACAUGAUGCAUUUAGACCAAUUGUACACAGGCAAAAAUUUCAAUGGAUUGUUAUGUCUGUUAUUUAUGUAACAUAUGGUUAAGUUCCUAAUGGUACUUUCUAAAUAGUAUGACCAUAGAGGUUUGCACAUGUUAGAUGGUUAGAUUAAAUCAUACUAAUCAGAAAUUGAGUUAUUUAAUAUCAUUAAGAUCACAUAUCUUACAUGCUGUUCAAGAUGAAGUGGAUAUAACUGUUAAAAUGUUUUUAUUCCAUAUUUUACCAAGAAAUACACAUAUGUAUCGCUAAGGAGACGUUAGGUGGGCAAAAACCUUGAGAAUUUGUUUUAAUCAGCAUAAUUAUAUUCAUUAUUGAAAAGAUUCCAGAAUAAUAAGGAAAAAUAUUAAUAAGGCUGCUCUUACAUGAUAAAUAUUUUUUGGCAGGUUCCAGGAAAUUUCUUAGUGACAGGAGUACACAUAUGUCUAGACAUGUGUUCUUUAGGCUUAAUUUCUUGCUGGCGAGAGAUUUAAGUUUCUAUAACCAAUUUUCCUGUAUUUCCAAAUAAAAAAAAAAAUUAACUGAUUUCUUUGACUGAAUAUUAUGAAUUGCUUGUCAAAUAUUGUUUUUUUGUUGUUUUUGUUUUGUUUGUUUUGUUUUUAACAAAAUCACUUUCAGUGGCUGAUAAAAAACUCAAUUUUAGCACAGGAAUUUGUGAACUGUGAUCAAAGGCAAAAAAAUGGCCUAUCUCUUUGAGUCAGGUUACAAAAAACUUCAUCCAAGUAUGGUCAUGUUUUUAACAUGGAAAUAAUUAAGUUAUUGGCUCUAAGAAAUUUUACUUAUUGUGAAUAAUCCUUUUAACUGAAUUAAUUUAUUCAGAUUCAAACACCAACUGAGAACUUUUUCUCAUAAGGGUAGCCAUAUUAAUAUUUUGAAAAGAAUCUCACUGGAUUCUAAAAUGGUUAUUUGUAAAGAUGUUAAUGCUUUCAUGCUUUGUUCUCACCUUCUGUAUAUAUUUGAAAUAAAAGAUGAC